UAAAAAAAAAAAACAUCGCAAAUUUUUUCGUGGUUUGGAAAGUUCUUCUAGGGAUCGAAAAUAUAACUUAACUCCUUAUCUUGUGAUGAAUGAUGGCGGUUGCUAAAGUUCUGCGUGUUCCGCUUGUAACAUCUAUCAUUGUCAUCGUAUGCUGCUCGCUGCACUUGGUGGGACCGAAGAGUGUUGGUACACAGCAUAAGCAUGUCUGUCUAAAAGCCCAUGGAAUAGUGCGGACACGUGAAAUCUACAGAAUCUUUACACAUGCAUUCUUCCACAAGGGUCCCUGGCAUCUCGCCAUCACAAUACUUCCGAUGCUUGCCCUGGGAAGUCUGAUUGAAAAACACAUUGGAACCAUUCUUAUGACACUCAUCCUCAUCAUCUUCUGGUUGAUCUCAACACUACUAGAAGUUGCUAUGGCAACUCUACUUUACCAUAUUGCACAUGAGCUGUUCCAUGGGUGCAGUCUUGGUAUGUCAGGGGUCGUCUUCGGUUUACUUGUUGUGGUAUCAAAGGUUAUCAAGUUUAAAGAGUGUGGAUUUAGUAUAGUCAAGAUUCCUUGUUCAGUACUUCCCUGGGCAUGUCUAGUGCUAUAUUAUUUGGCGUUUCACCAUGGCUCUGUCUUUAUGCAUAUUGGUGGCAUAGUAGCUGGCUAUGCAUAUAAGUAUGGAGUAUUUGAGUGUUGUCUGCCAUCACCUGAAAGACUAGCUAAUUGGGAGCACAGACAUCCGUGUCUUGUCCAUUUUCCUUGCUUUGUGCAAUUCGCUCAAGAAAGCUUGCCAACGCGGAAUCCCGUAGCAGUAAACAGACAGCAGUUUUUACAUGUUGUCCACACUGGUUCUCCACCAGCAGCUAUUUAAGUAAAGCAAAAUGUAAUAGACUUUGCUCCUAUUAAAACAAGAAUAGCAAAUAUAUGAAUAAUAAAAAGACAGAUUGAACGGUCGGCUUACCACUGUUAUAUAAUUGGCACUCAAAUAAAUUUUUGGAGAUGGACACUAAACACUGCAAGGUGCAACUGCUAUUCUUGCCUGCAACAAUUUCCUGUAUUCAAAUACUCAGCUUAUCGUCAAAAAACGAGUAAUAAUUGUCAUCUUAUCUCCUAAAAACGAAACUGCAAAAACUGGCCACUUUACGAGAAAACUAGCAGUUCACUGUUCACAGUUUAUUUUUUGCCCUUUUUUUACAGACAUACAAUUUAUAAAUCUUUUGCGUGACUGCGCAACCCGCAAAUUUCUUGUUUCUAAGGGUGCUGCAAAACUUUCCGUUACGACUAUUACGACUCUUUUGUCUUGCAAACAGUGUUCUAUUCCGGUACCAUGUGUUACCAUGGGUUCCCUGUGUUAAACCGGUAUGCCACCGCCACUACCGCCACCCGCUCUGAGUGAAAGCUAAACUAGCGACUUUCAAAACUAAGCGAAAUAAUGUGAAUAUAUCUCUUUCAAACUAGAUUCGUCACCCUCACCAUGGGUGCUUUAAAGGGACUUCUCACAUUUAUCUUCAUGACAAUCACAUGUAAUGCUAACACUUUGCCUGGAAUGUUGUUUCCUCGUGAAUCAGAGAGCAGAGAGAUCAAAGAUCUUAGCGGAUUGUGGAAUUUUCGGGUGGACAAUAGUAAAGACAAAGAAGCUGGAUUUGCAGAGUCUUGGUUUAGCAGACCUCUAGAAAAGUCAGGUGAAGUUAUCCCCAUGCCAGUUCCUGCGAGCUAUAACGACAUAACCCAGGAUAAGGGCAUCCGGGACUUCCGCGGCUGGGCAUGGUACGACAUGCAGACUUACGUCCCUUCCAGAUGGAAUGACUCUAACACCCGAGUGGUGCUCCGCUUUGAAGGCGCUAACUACUACACGAAAGUGUGGUUGAACGGCGAGAAGGUGACGGAACACGAGGGCGGUUACCUAGCCUUUGAGGCAGACAUCAGUGAGUUUCUACGCUACGAUAAGUCUAAUAGGGUUACAGUGGCCAUCAACAACACGCUCACCCCCACCACCCUCCCCCCUGGGAAGGUAGAACAUCUCCCGUCCUCGUGGAGCUGGCACCCUGAUGGUUAUAAUGUACAGACCUACAAGUUCGACUUCUUUAAUUACGCCGGCAUCAAUCGCCCCGUCAAACUUUACACAACCCCAGUUGUCUUCCUCUCUGACAUCACCAUAACAACGUCAUUCCAUGGUAAUGUCGGGACUGUCAAGUUUCUGUCAGUGGUGGGUGCCAUCAAGUCUAUUCCGAGAGGGGACAUCAAUAUGAAGUACGAGUUACUGGACCACGAGGGGUUUGUCGUGGAAACCGUUGAAGGGACAGAGAAGUUUGAGGGAGAGUUAACUGUCCGGAAUCCGGUCCUGUGGUGGCCAAUUGGAAUGACCAACAACACGGCAUAUCUGUACACACUCAAGGUAACGACGUUGUCUCAGUUGUACAUACAAGAUGUUUACCGCCUUCCUGUGGGAAUAAGGACUGUACGCGUUGAAGGCACUAAAUUUCUCAUCAACGACAAAGAGUUUUACUUUAAAGGCUUUGGCAAGCACGAGGAUGCAAACAUUCGAGGUAAAGGAGUCGAUAACGUGAUUAUCGCCAAGGACUUCAACCUGAUGAAGUGGCUAGGAGGUAACUCGUUCCGGACUAGUCACUACCCGUACGCCGAGGAGAUCAUGGACAUGGCCGACCGGACAGGCAUAGUAGUCAUCGAUGAGUGUCCGGCUGUGGGCAUUGAGCCUGCGAACCUUACCCCAGAGCUCCAGAAGCGUCACACGCAAGAGAUGAUGGAGCUUGUGCGCCGCGAUAAAAACCGUCCAGCGGUUGUCAUGUGGUCGGUAGCCAACGAGCCUCCCACGGACAAGCCAGCCUCGCUUGACUAUUUCAAGCCGAUAUUCGAAGAAGUUCGCUCCAUGGAUGUCACGCGACCUGUCACGUAUGUCACGAAAUACCGCGCCUUUCUCGACAGAGUGGCGAGGCUCAGUGACGUCAUCAUGUUCAACCGCUAUUACGGCUGGUACGCGGAUUUUGGAGGAACUCAGUUGAUAAGCCGUCAACUAGAGCGAGACCUGCGAGCUUUUCACGAGAAAUACAACAAGCCGGUCAUAAUGGCAGAGUAUGGAGCAGAUACAAUCGCGGGAUUACACUCGUCACCAGCACUGAUGUUCACAGAGGAGUACCAGGUGGAGACCAUUCAGCAAUAUUUUCCGGUUUUUGACAAACUGAGGAAGGAGUUCUUUGUCGGAGAGAUGAUCUGGAAUUUUGCUGAUUUCAACACGGCACAAAGUGCUAAACGUGUGGCAGGCAACAAGAAAGGUAUCUUUACACGUGCACGCCAACCAAAAGCCGCUGCCUUCAUACUGCGCCAGCGAUAUUCGAACAUCACCCUCGAUCAGAUUCCCACGUCCACAGGAGAUGAACUGCUAGACGCGAUUGUUAAAUACGACACAAGGACGUCGGGAACCACAGGGAGCCCCCUUAGAUAUCCACAAGAUGAGUUGUAGCAGCCCAACCUCAUAAAUGAGUUGUAACACAGGUAGCCCGUCCAUGCUUAGUUGAUAGACAAGAUCAUCAAAAGAUUACAUAAUAAUAACGGAUAUUUUUCUUUAUAAGAGGUUGGGCAAUUUAAUGUAUGUUAAAAAAAUCGACAAUUAUGUUGACGCAAUAAAUUUUAAUUUCUUAUGA